CGUCAAUAGCAUGGUGUUUACGGUGCUAACACAAGACGUGCUAUUUAUCACGUAUGAGUGAAACGUGUAGCCCAGCGAUGAUGCAAGAAAUGCACGUUGUGCAGAGUAGCGCGAUACGUUACGUCAUCGCCAUCGUCAGUUUCGUUGUUGUGUGGGGGCUCGCUCGACCUCUUGUUGGAGCACACGUAUAGGUCCAUCUCAUCACGUCUAAAGCUACAAAACAACUACUUCUGUUCAUUGUACUUCUCUCCAUCGGCAUCGUAUACCAAACUGACUGCUUGAACAGCGACCAUGAGUGAAAUCACAGACUGGUUUCGUGGUUUACCAGUGUUCACCCGGUAUUGGUUCGGACUCUCAAUUUUAUUUCCUAUAUUGGGACGAUUUCGAUUGUUAAACCCACAGUUCCUCGUUCUCACUUACGACUUGUUCGUAAAAAAGUUCCAGAUAUGGAGGCCUGUAACAGCGGUUUUCUUCUACCCAAUGGGUUUCCACUACCUUGUAAAUCUGUACUUUCUCUAUACGUAUUCUAUGCGGUUAGAAACAGGUCUAUUCGACGGUCGUCCAGCUGAUUACUUUUUUAUGCUGCUGUUCAACUGGAUUUGCAUAGUUAUAGUGGCACUUUUGUCUGAUCUGAUGCUUUUGAUGGACCCUCUGGUUCUAAGCGUGCUUUAUGUCUGGUGCCAGUUUAACAAAGAUGUCGUGGUAUCUUUCUGGUUUGGAACCCAGUUCAAAGCUAUCUAUCUGCCCUGGGUGCUGUUUGCGUUCAACAUGAUCAUAAGCGGCGGAGGCCUGUACGAGCUGAUUGGCAUCCUGGUUGGUCAUCUGUACUUCUUCCUCAUGUUCAAGUACCCACAAGAGUUUGGAGGCCGAAACUUGCUCCAAGUCCCACGCAUCCUGUACACCUAUUUCCCCAACCGAUCUGGUGGAGUGAGUGGAUUCGGGCAGGCCCCGACACCACGUCGGGCCAACGCAGCAGCACCAGGAGCUGACAACGCCCCAGGAGGAAACUGGCACAAUUGGGGAGCAGGACGGGUUUUGGGUCAGUGAAAAGAGCAUGGCACAGCACAGAAAAGCAGGUUGGGGUAUAGUGCAAGAAGCGCGGAUAAUUGUGUUUUCACAAAGUGUGCAGUCAUCGUCAGCCACCCUGAGAGGGAUUUUACUAAUCUGUGCGCGUUUCUGGGGCUUUGUACACAGCAGAAUCAAGUGUGUUGAACCGGCACAGCUGCCUGAGGUUGUAAACUGACGGUAGCGUUCUUUUUUUCAUCUGUUUUAGACUCUUGCAGGUAUGGUUGAUUGAGCAGUUUUCAUUUUAUAUCACUGCACAGUGUUUGAGCUAAAUUAAAUGCUGACAUUACUUCAUUUCGGUCCUACUUCAAUGUAAUGACGACCCCUGCUGCUUGAGUUUACGUGCUUUGUGAAAUUAUAUUUUAAGAGCAAUCACCAACCCCAUAUUCAACUGUGUCAAACCAUUUGUGUCCUGCAUGUGUGCAUCUGACUUUGGAAUGCUUAAAAUAGGAGGUAUGUAAUUCCGCUUAAACUUUGUUUACUACUGUCACAUGUGAGUUCUUGAUUUGUGUUUGUUAAGCAAUGGAAUUAUACUUGCACACUCAGCUUCAAAUGUCUUUUUUUUUUUCUCUCUCUUCUAUGCAUACUUGAAGCGGUGGUACUUGCUUCUUUUUGAUGGAGUAGCUGACACAGUGAAAGAUAUUGUGCAUUGUAUCCCACCAAAGAAAUGGGUGUUCAAAUAAAUGGGACAGCAUACUGUUGUGAGUAUUGCUGUUGGUCCAACAUGUGAACAUUGGCUACUCAGAAUACUGUGGCAUUGUUUUUGUUGUAACAGAACUCCUGUAACACAGAAAUAAACACUGAUGCCUCUUGGCA